CUGCCGUUACCUCGUUCAUCCAGCCUGCGCUGCCUCCACUCCCACCCACUCGCUGCCAGUCCCUGCCGGGGCAGCAGGAGCCGAGAGCCGGUGCCAGGGCUGGGCAGUCAACUUUGACCAUUUUCAGAUUCUGCGGGCCAUCGGCAAAGGGAGUUUUGGGAAGGUGUGCAUCGUGCAGAAGCGAGACACGAAGACCAUGUACGCCAUGAAGUACAUGAACAAGCAGAAGUGCAUCGAGAGAGAUGAGGUGCGGAACGUCUUCCGGGAGCUGCAGAUCAUGCAGGGGCUGGAGCACCCCUUCCUGGUCAAUCUGUGGUACUCCUUCCAGGACGAGGAGGACAUGUUCAUGGUGGUCGACCUGCUGCUGGGCGGGGACCUGCGCUACCACCUGCAGCAGAGCGUGCGCUUCUCCGAGGGCGCCGUGAAGCUCUACAUCUGCGAGCUGGCCCUGGCCCUGGACUACCUGCGGCGGCACCACAUCAUCCACAGAGACAUCAAGCCAGACAACAUCCUGCUGGACGAGCACGGACAUGUUCACAUCACAGACUUCAACAUCGCGACGGUCGUGAAAGGAGCAGAAAAGGCUUCCUCCAUGGCCGGGACCAAGCCCUACAUGGCCCCAGAAGUGUUCCAGGUGUACGCGGACGGCGGCCCCGGCUACUCGUACCCCGUCGACUGGUGGUCCCUGGGCGUCACGGCCUAUGAGCUGCUGCGGGGCUGGAGGCCGUACGAGAUCCACUCGGCCACGCCCAUCGACGAGAUCCUCAGCAUGUUCCAGGUGGAGCGCGUGCACUACUCCUCCGCGUGGGGCUCGGGCAUGGUGACCUUGCUCAGGAAGCUCCUGACCAAGGACCCCGAGAGCCGCCUGUCCAGCCUGGGCGACGUCCAGAGUGCGCCCUACCUGGCCGACGUGAACUGGGACGCGGUGUUGGAGAAGGCGCUGGCGCCCGGCUUUGUGCCCAACAAAGGGAGGUUGAAUUGUGAUCCCACAUUUGAACUGGAAGAAAUGAUUCUCGAGUCGAAGCCGCUUCACAAAAAGAAGAAAAGGUUGGCCAAGAGCCGCUCCAAGGACGGCACGAAGGCCAGCUGUCCCCUGAACGGACACCUCCAGCAGUGCUUGGAGGCCGUGCGCAAGGACUUCAUCAUCUUCAACAGAGAAAAGCUGAGGAGGCAGCAGGGGCCGAGCGGCCAGCUCUUGGACACCGAGGGCCGGGCCGGGAGCCAGGCCCAGGGCAAGCUCCAAGACGGAUGCAACAACAACCUUCUCACCCACGCCUGCUCGCACGGCUGCAGCAGCUAAGCCACUGCGGCGCUGCCCAGAAGGACCACACCAUUGCUGCCAGCCCGCCAGCCCCGUCUCGGCGCUGUGACGGCCCCAACUCUCCCCGACGACAUGGACACAGAAAGAGCCCUGGGCCCGGAGCUGGGGAGCUGGGAUUCUGGUUCCAGCUGCCUGACCCGUUCCCUGCUCGAAUGUGGACAAGCCUGGCCCUUUCUGUGCCUCAGUUUCCCCUAUCUGUCAAAGGGGUUAAAUAGCUCUGCCCCACCUCUAGCUAAAGGUUAUUUAUUGGGAGCCUCCAAUUGGGUAGCAGAUGUGCAAAACCUUGGACACGUAUCAGAUGUUUACACACACGCAAAACCAACCUUAAUCUCUGCCGUGCACUCCACCCCCAGCAGUUAGAACAGCGCCUCCCGCACCCCGUCCACCCGCUCCACAGACCACACUCUCCACCACGCAGCCCAAAGGCAGGACAGGCGUCUGGCGUGUCUGCGCCUCCUUGGAAACCCACCCCAAAUCCUGGAGCAAAACCGGAAGUGUCUUCAUUUGCGUUCCCAACCAGCCAGUUCUGACCUUCCAGGCCUGCGUGGCCUGCACAGCAGCCUGGCCCCGUGGUCUUGGUGCUGCGCCCUUCCCUCCCCGCUUCAUUUCAGCAGGUCCCCACCCCACCCACCCCUGGCGCUGGGAGGGGGUAGAGAUGCCCUCAGGGUGCCAGUCACUCCCAACGCACCUCCUCCGAGCCGCCCAGUCCAGCAGCAGCAAACCUGAGUCUCCAUCCCCAUUCUAGGACUUCCUUCCAGGGAGGGGCGUCAGGCCGCUCACCCGCCCUGUCUGAACGAGGGUCCAGCUGCCCCGGGCUAGGCCCCUCCCCGCUGCUGGGUAGGAAGCGUGUUCUGGGAGAAGAGCUGCCUCCCCCGAGACCAAACCACUUCCCGGUCUGCCGGCCUGCCCACGUCGGGGGUGCUCGGCCUUCGAGGGCAGCCGGGGUUCAGGGGCGCGGGAGAGCAUCAG